AUGCUGGUGGUCCUGCUCACAGCAGCCUUGCUGGUCCUGAGCUCAGCUCAGAGCUCAGAAGAAGAUGUCAUCUAUGAAGACUCAUCUUCUCAGCUGUUAGAGCUAGAGCAGCAGAACCAGGGACAUGGUCAACAUCAUCAAAAACCACCUCCUGCUUCUGAUGAAGAUGAUGAUGGUGAUGAUGAUGACGGUGAUGAUGAUGGCAGUGGGGAAGAUAGACCAGAGAGACCACCACAUCAAGGAGGCAAUCACCAACAUCCUCAGCAUCCACGCCCUCCUCACCCAGGACACCACCAUGGUCCACCCCCACAGGGAGGCCCUCAGAGACCUCCUCAGCCUGGAAACCAACAAGGCUCAUCCCCACAAGGAGGCCACCAGCAAAGACCUCAAGGCCCAUCCCAACAAGGAGGCCCUCAGCAGAGACCUCAAGGCCGACCCUCACCAGGAGGCCCCCAGCAGAGACCUCAAGGCCGACCCCCACAGGGAGCACCUCAGGGACCCCCUCAGCCUGGAAACUCACAAGGCUCACCUCAGCAGGGAAGCCAGCAACAGCCAAGUUUCCUGCAGACAUUUUUUGCAUAA